ACAUUUUAUUAGUCUAGUGUUCUUAAAAAUUAGAAUGUAAAUCUGUUUUGUCAGUUUUUUACAGUGUAUUUAUUUGUGCGGGGUGGGGGAGUGCACACAUUCACCAUGUUUGUGGCGGUCAGAGGACAACUUACUGUGAGUAGGUUCUCUCCUUCCAUCAUAUACAUCCCAGGGAUUGGACACAGGUUGUCAAGCCCUGUGGUGGUAAGUGCUUUUGCCCACCAAGCCAUCUUGCUAGCCCUCUUUUGUCAUUUUAUAAUGAAAACAUCCAAAUUGAUCUGUUUAGGCUAUUUAAAUGCCAAGCGUAUGUUUUGAGCAAUUCAGGAAACCAGUUUUGUUUGACCUAAAAGAGUAUAGAGAUUCAGUUGAGGUACCAACUCAAUUUGACUAUGCCAGAAGGUGUUUUCCAAGACUUUUAUAGCUAAAACAAAGCAAAAUAGGAAUAUUGAUCAAUCUAGAAAGUCUCAGUCUUAUCUUUUGGAUUAUUGUUUAAAAGUAAGAACAGUUAUCAACAUGUUCAUAUAAUGAAGUUGAAAUAUAUAAUAGAUAUACAAUAUAUAAGACUACUUUGUUUAUAUAUUUAUUAACAGACAAAUAGAGACUUCUUUGUAGUAUUUAUACCAGACAAGAAAGGAGCCUGCUUUUGCAGGUGUGGCAGCAAGGUAGACAUUAGAAUAAGGGAUAGGGUCAAUGUUUCCUGAUAUGAAAUCAAAUUAUACCACACAAUCCACAGACCUUCUUGUUUAUAGAGGAAGGCUAUGUGAACGUAAGCAAACUUGACAGAAAAUAAAGGAUAUCAAAAUUCAAUGAUGACAUAAAAUACGUAAGGGAUACAAACAAUUUACAAAGAUUUCCCCAUCAGAAUGUAGAGUGGUAAAUGUUUACAUUUCUCACUAAGAAUAAAACAAAAUUAUUACCCACAUACUUUCCUUUACUCCUCCCACUUUGUUUUAGAAAGGGUCUCACCAGGGGCUGGGGAUUUAGCUCAGUGGUAGAGCGCUUACCUAGGAAGCACAAGGCCCUGGGUUCAGUCCCCAGCCCCGGAAAAAAAAAGAACCAAAAAAAAAAAAAAAAAAAAAAAAAAGAAAGAAAGGGUCUCACCUAUGUCAGGCUAGCCUUAAACUCUUUAUGUAGCCAAGGAUGACCUUGAGUUUCUAAUCCUCCUUCCUUGAGCUGCCAAUACUGGGAUCACAGACAAGCCAAAUUCCUAUUUUGUUGGUCAUCUCCAGCCCUUAUCCACAAACUUUUUGAAUACUCUUCAGAAUCCUCAGAAAACACUCGAAUCUACCAUUUUAGUUAACUUGUGAAAUAGAAACAGAAUUAACAAAACUAAUUCUGAGAAAAUCAAUAGUCAUUCCUAGAAUUUUCCAAAUAUUAAUUACAAUGGCAUAACAUAACUUGCCAAAUGAACAUAAAGAACUUUUGCCUUUUUAAUAGAAUGAAGGGGACUUUCUUAUAUUCUGACAGUUUUCAACAUAUUUUGAGGUUAUUUUAAUGCUUUCAAAUAAAAAUGAGUAGUGUUGUUUUGUUUUGUUUUUGUGAUGUUGGCCUUUGUUGUGUUCUCUUUGUUUUUGUUUUGAGACAGGGUCUUAACCAUGUAUCCCUGGCUGCCUGGAGUAAACCAGACGAGCCUUGAACUCACAGAGAUCUGCCUGCCUCUGCUUCCCCAGUGCUGGGAUUAAAGGCAUGCACCACUACUCUGGGAUGAUGAUUUAAUUCAAGAUUUCUUGUGGAUGGACUGCUGCUGCAAAAUCGCAGACAAGUAUCUUUUGGCUAUGACCUUUGUUUAUUUCAAGAGAGCUAAAUUUACUAUAAGUGAACAUACCAGGAUAAAUUUCUUUAUUGCUCUAUAUCUGGCUAAUACAGUUGAAGAAGAUGAAGAAGAAGCCAAGUACGAAAUUUUUCCAUGGGCUUUAGGGAAAAACUGGAGAAAAUUGUUCCCUAAUUUCUUAAAGUUACGGGACCAGCUGUGGGACAGAAUUGACUAUAGGGCUAUUGUAAGCCGGCGCUGCUGUGAAGAGGUUAUGGCCAUUGCACCAAGCCAUUACAUCUGGCAACGCGAGCGGUCUGUGCACCACAGUGGAGCUGCUAGGAACUACAACAGAGAUGAGGUUCAUCUGCCCCGGGGACCUAGUGCCACACCAGUGGAUUGCUCACUGUGUGGUAAAAAAGGAAGAUACGUGAGACUGGGACUGUCUUCAUCAUCAUCUUCAUCCAGUGACAUAGUAGAGCUAACGGGAAAACGUUCUCAGGAAUUACACAAUUCUUUAUCAAUGGACAUGAUAGGUGAUCCUUCUCAAGCUAAUACCUAUUCUCAAGGCCUUGGCAGGGCUCCUGUGCUUGUUGCCGUAGCCUUAACUGAAGAUGCAAUGAAAUAUGACAAAGGCAAUGCAGAGCUUUUAAUGGCCAGCGGCUUUUGGAUCUGGAGAAGUACGGUCCUAAAAUGCAGCUCCGCUUCAAGGAUUCCAACGGUCACAGAAACAACUGUUGUAUUCAAUAAAACUAGGGUGCCUGAUGCCACUGCCUUGGAGGUGGAACUUCAGAUGGGACCUGCUUUGUCAUAUGUAAUUAACCAAUGUGUCAGCUUACCGAAUAAGUCUGCAGAAGCUCCACGGGAAUAUUGAAAAACUUUUACCAGGCCAUGAGCUUGACAGAAUUGCAACCACUAUAUUUAGGCUUGGACACUUAGCAGAAGGUUUUUGCUGGUCAACAUUUAAAAUGUGCUCAUUAUUUGUACCAAUUGACCUUUCCUAAAAUAAGGUAUUGAGUAAUGUCAUUAAAUGUACUCCUGUGCCAGAAUAUUAUUAGCCUGUAAGGAAUUUAGAAGGAUUAAGUGCCAAAAUGCCCAGCACAAUACUUGUAUAUUUUUAGAGUCAUACAGAACCAAAAUUCCAAGAACUAAGAACUCUCUAGACCUUCCAUGGUUUAUUCCUUCAGUUGCUUCAAACCCCGCAGGGCUUCUCUCGUUAUCUGCCUGCUCACUCCAUGUUUACAUCUCCCACACUCACAGCAGAAGACAUCAGGUUUGCUUAGCCAUCAUUCUUUUGUUUAACCUAAGCCUUGCGGUGAUGAUGUAAUGUCUCUAUCUUAUUUCAUGCUGUUUUGGGAAACCUCCGUUUGAAAAUCAACGUUGUUACAGAGGCACAUAUCUUCAAUCAUGUCUCCAGACAAAAAGCCUUACAGUUAAUUUAAUGUUUGCACUCAGAGGUGCAACCUAACAGGGAGGGCCUGAAAAAAAAAAAAGCAAGAGGAGGCCAUUAAAUAUUUUUAGUAAUAUGUUGUCUUUGUCUUGUGUAGAACAUGUAGAGGAUGCUCUUUAAUUCAGUAAAUAUUUUUAAGAUGUAGAGAAACAUUGUUGUAGCUAACAAAUUCUUAAUCAAAAUGUCUGAAAUUCUUGUGUUUUCCAUACCUAUCAGACGUUUUCCAACUUGUUUGAAUUAUGGUUUUCCCUUCUCUUCCCAACCUCUUGCAAAAAAGAAAAAGUGGGAUCUGCUAGUGAACUGAGAUUUUUUUACAUGCCUUUUGAGCUAUGUAACUUAAUAAUUGGAUACGUGAUAAUUUGUCUUACUAUGUAAUCGAUAAAGCAGUGAUGUGUAUUAAUGUUAGUUCAAACAUGUAUUUAUACUGUCUGGGAAUGUGUGGUGAUAGCUCUGUGGGAGAGAUAGUUUGUUAGUGUUCACCAGCUUAUUAAAAACCCAGUGCAAGAGCUUCAACAUCUAAAUAAAUGAUGACACAUUCGUCACUGAGGUCACUUGCUUAAAAUUAACUUAAUUUGUAGAAAACAGUGGACUCAGUUACUAUCAUUUCAAUUUAUGGACAAACUUGUUAGGGUUACUGGGUGCUUUUUAUCAAAAAUUGCUCUUUACAGGUCUCGAUAAAUUGUGAAUCUAUUGAAUUUGGGUACCAAGGGAAAACAGUGUGUAAUCAAUGAUGACCUCGAUUUUUAAUUCAGUUCCAUCAGUCACUUGUAGCUUUGUGCAGUUUCCAAUCGACUUUUCCCAUUUUUGAGUUCAUAACAUGUCUGUAUAUACUUUGAAGUUAAUUUGAACCUGAGUAUUUGGCACAUGGUGGCUUAAUAAAUUUUAACUUUCAAUUAAAAAAAGCAAUUCUGCAGGUAAGGAAUUGCAUUUUGCUACUUUACUGCUCCUCAAAGAGGUAUGUUUAUUAUUAUACAAUGAUAUAGUACUGAACUAUAUAGAACAAUCCUAACGGAGUUAGGAAUCGUUCUCCGGCUAUGUAUACAUGGAUACAAAGAUACCUGUGUUAGCAAUAGUGCCAUAGCACUAUUUUUUUAAAAAAGAUUUAUUCAUUUAUUACAUAUAAGCACACUGUAGCUGUCUUCAGACGCACCAGAAGAGGGCAUUGGAUCUCUUUACAGAUGGUUGUGAGCCACCAUGUGGUUGCUGGGAAUUGAACUCAGGACCUCUGGAAGAGCAGUCAGUGCUCUUAACCACUGAGCCAUCUCUCCAGCCCCCAUAGCACUAUUUUAAGACGCGCCAUAGCAACAAAAAUAUGAAGAUAUACCCAAGGUCCUAUGAAUUCCUAUUGCUAAAGUGUUGACAUAACUGCUUUACCUGAGCUUUGGCCAUAAAAUGUCACAUGACUUCUGGGUGCACUUAUGCUGAUUAUCCCAGUACUCAGGGGGUGGGGGCAAAAAGACUGAUUUCUAGGCUAGCCUGGGCAAAGAAAGAUUCUGUCUCAAACAGAAGGAAAAGGGAAAAAAAACAUAUUUCAAUGAUGUUUAAAUUUUUGUUGUUGUUUUGGAGACAGGAUCUCACUAUGUAGCUAGCCCUGGCUGGCCUGGAGCUCACUGUGUAGACCAGGCUAGCCUCAAACUCAGAGCUCCACCUGCCCAAAUUCUUUACUUAUCCUGCAAGUACCGAGGUUCACAGUGAUCAGCUUUACUUUUUUUCCAUUAUUCGACAUUCAUGGAUGCUUCUGACGCCUGACUCAGUAUCUCUCCACCCCAACUCCAAGCAUAUUAAAGUAAAAGUAUUCUUUGUAACCCUGGAGGAAAGGGCAAAUAUAGUGAAGACUGCUGCCCAUACAGAAGAAGACAGACAGAUCCUUGGUUGCGCUUUUUGUUUUUCUAACUCAAAAUGCUUAUUGUUGGGCAUGGUGGCACGUAUCUUUAAUCCAAGCCCUUGGGAGGCAGAAGCAGGUAGAUCUCUGAAGUGUAAAUUUGUGGUUUCUCUGGUGACUCAGUUGUGUUAUGUGAUGUGUUUCUGGAAACUGUCUCAUGAGAGAUGUUUUGAAGCAGACACAUGAGAGGAUGCUUUGCCGAGAAUAGACACACUGUUUUUCUGGAAGCAGCAUGAAAAGGGGCAAGUGAUGCUUGCUAGAGUGGAUACUGGAGAGAACUCGAGCUGUUUGGAAAGGGUAUAACUAGAACCCGACAGACAGUGGACGAUGCUGUGUGGUAUUGGUACGCCUUACCAUCCAUUGUUGGGCUUUGCUGUUGCUGGUCUUCACAGUCAUCGUUUGUUGUGAAUUCACAGAGAGAAAUGCACCAAAGAAUUUCUGGUGGUGUUCUGGUGGCUUCUUGCCACUUCCAAGGACUUGAGCUGAUUGGCAAAGCCUAGUGGUUUCUUCUGAAUCGACUGCUGUUGUUGAUUUGUGAAUGGUGUUUGAGAGUGGGUAGAGCUACACUGGCGAUCUGUGUGAACUGAACUGCUGAUAUCCUGACAACACAGACUGGAUUCUAUCAAAAGAACUAUUUCUAAACAGGCCCACCUCCUCCUUUGCCCCAUUAACCUUUCCUUUCCACUACCUCUGUUGGGUAGUGGGCUAGAAGGGAGGUGAAAGCAUUUUAAGAACCCUUAUUAAAAGUAGUUUUUUUUUUUUUAAAUCAAAGCCUACAGAGCUCUGCGAGUUUGAGGUCAGCCUGGUCUACAUAGUGAGUUCAAGCACACAUAGAGCUACAAAGUUAAAACCCUGUCUCAAAAAAUAUUUAUGGAGGGAAGUAUACAUGUGCCACUACAUAGAGGUCAGAAGACAAGUUAAAAGAAGUUGUCCUACUGUUGUCAGACUUGGUGACAAGUACCUUUACGUGCCAACCCAUCCUGCUAGCCUUAAUCCCUUUUUCCUUCAUACUCAAUAACCUAGAAACCAUUUAAAAUAACUUAGUGUGUCAAAUGUUAGAGACAUGUCUUCUUUUGAAGUCUAUGAAUAAAAUUCACAUCGUCUGGCUGUUCCUGGAUAUAAUUAUGCUCCAUGAAUCAUGCCAGUGGUGGUUUUCUUCUUAACCCUAUCAUGGUGCUCUUUCAUAGCUCAAAACUUAGGAUUUGUCCUUGUGAUCCAACUUCAGCAAAAAGUCAAUUAUAUUCCAUAGUAUAAGUUUAUAAACUGCCAAGAAUUUAUUUUGCAAAGGUAUUAAAUGUCUCCAGAAAAAAAGUCAAAUAUGCAUGAUUACAAAAAUCUCUUCCUGAUCCCUAACCCCAAAUUUUCCUCUUUGGAGGCAGCCAUAGUAUUAGGCAUUUGUCUUCCUGUGACAGAUUUAUAGAGACCUACAUGUAAUUCUGUCUUUAACCCACAGUACGGUUAAAUCACAUCACCUUUUACUUUUCUCAUUGACAUUGUCAUCUCAGCAACACGCAAACACUGUGUUCUUUUUAACUACUACUGCAUUCCAUGAUUUAUUUAGGUAAGUGAUAAACAUUUACCUGUUUCUAGCCUUACUUUCAUACAAAUACUUCAGGGAACAUUCUUUUGCCUGUUGUAUAAUGGCCAUCAGAUACAAUUUAGGCUCAGAGGGUAUGUAAAGUUUUAUAUUAAAAAUAGGUACAGUUGUUUACAGGAGAGUGCUUGCUUCUCCAUUUCCAUCCCAACAGUUAGCCAACAUUUUAUGUGUCAAUCUAAAAUUUGAAGUUUGUCACUGUUCUGUUCUUUUCUUGAGAUAGGUUCUCAUGGUGUAGCCCAGGUUAUCCUAGAACUCAUUAAGUAACCCAGGCUAACCCAGAAUUCAUUAUUCUCCACAGUGCUGAGAUUAUAGGUAUGUUUCCAUGCCUGGUCUACCACCGCAUAAUUCUCAUUUACAAUAGGGAUGAAGUUGAGGCUUCCUUGUGUGUCUAUGUUCAUGGAGAGUAUAUAUGAGUGGGUAAAGGUCAGGGGUUGACACUGGAUGUCUUCCUCUUCUGCUUUCUGCCUGUUUUUGAGAGCCUGACCAGCGAGCUCUGGGGAUCCACCAUGUCCUCCUUUGUUUACUCCAAUCUUACCUGCUUUGGAUAAAAAUAAGCUCGUGCUACCAGAGUCUGAGUCUGCUUCCGAGACAGUGUCCCUGGCUGAUGUCGAUAGUGUCAUUUAUAUCCUAUGCUGGAAUAUGGUGUGGAUGACUCAUGAACACAUACAGGCCGAGUACCCACUCUUGCCUUACGCUACUGUGGAGACUCAAACACAGGAGUGGAAAGUGUAGUAGACUCUGGCCCUGCCUAAGAAUUUAUAUUCAAAGAUCAAUUAGCAAACUCAGCAGUACUACAGAACCAACUGGAAAUUACAGAUAAGGGCCAUGAGGGUUCAGAGGCAGCAGAGCAGCCUAGCCUGAAGACAAGAGUGGUGAACUGAAGAAAACUACCAGGGUAAGAUGGUUUUAAACACAGCACAAGAAGGAUACACACUGCUCCCUUAGGAGGGGAGACAGACUUAAACGCCAGCCUGAGGCAUUUGCACAUGGCCUGGUAAGCAGUUAGGUCAUGCCCCUGAGGCUGUAGAAAGGGUAUUUUAUGAAGAUUAAUAUAGCAAGGAAGUAUAUGAGAUGCUAGAAAAUAAGUUAUCAGUUAUUAGACACCUUUUUGCUUGAAAUAAUGGAAAGAUUUUAAUGUAAACAGAACAGGAACUUUAUCAAGAAAUCGAUCUCCCUCCUGUUUUUGAGAUGGCGGGGGGGAGGGGGGUGUCUCAAUGUUCCCCAGGCUAGCCUAAAACUUGCUAUGUAGCCAAGAAACUGAACUCAUCUUCCUGCCCCACUUCCACAUGCUGGGAUUACAAGCAUGUACCACUGCUGUCAAAACAAAAAGGAGAACUCUGUUUGGGUAAGAACUAUGUACUGGAAAGAAGGAGGGGGGAGGGGAAGGGAGAGAGAAGAGAAGAGAAGAGAAGAGAAGAGAAGAGAAGAGAAGAGAAGAGAAGAGAAGACAGGGGCUGGAAAGAUGGCUCAGGGUUAAGAGCACUGGCUGCUCUGAUCUUCAGAGGCCCUGAGUUCAAUUUACAGCAACCACACAGUGGCUUACAAUUCUAUCUGUAUUGGGAUUUGAUGUCCUCCUCUGCUGUGCAGACAUACCUACAAAGCACUUAUAUAUGUAAAAUAUAAAAACGAACCCUUAUUGGCCAGACUGUGAUGGGACAUGUCUUUAAUCCCUGGAGACAGAGGCAUGUGGAUCUCUGAAUUUGAGGCCAGCCUGGUCUACAAAGCAAGUCCCAGGACAGCCAGGGCUACACAGGGAAACCCUAUCCAAAAAAAAAAAAAAAAGAAAGAAAGAAAGAAAGAAAAGAAACUAUUAACUUUAACUUUUAAGUUGGAAUUAUAAUAUUAGGGAGUUCGGAACCUUGCUAUGUAGACUAGGAUAGCCCAAAAUCACAGUGAAUUUCCUGCUUCUGCCUGCUAUAUGCUUAAGGCAUGCACCAUUAUGCCCUGCUACUCGUCUAAAAGCCAAAGCGGCCAGACACAGUGGUGAUGUAUCUACAUGGCUUUGUGCUGUGUUUUGUGGGGCUGGGGUAGGAGUGUAAUAGAAAUCCACCCUUUAGGCAGAUAGGACCUCUGCAGUCUUGACAUCAGAGUAGCUGUGAUUACCCAGCUGAGACCCCAAAAUAUCCCAUGGAUGCCUAGGCACCUUCCCUCCUUGAAGUGGGGAAGGGGGUAUAUGUUUCAGCUACCCACCAACUCCUGCACACCCACCAGAACCAACCAGCUUCCCCACCUCCCCACUGGUUUUAGGGGUGGCACGGCUUACAAUAGGUAGGUUUACUGGGGUUUCCAGUGAUGUGGCUUUUCCAGGCUCCUUGGCAUGUCCACACAUCAGUAUUUUACCCCAAUAACCAAACAAACUGGACCUGGAUGGAAUGAUUUCUUUGUUUGUUGGCGUCCUAACCAGGGUAAAUGUGCAUCUCCCUGAACAAAGGAAUGCAGGACUUUUGAUGCAUUCUAGGCAAGCCCUCUACUACUAAGUUACAUCCCUAACCCUAAUAUAAAUGUGAUAAUGUAUCCAGUAACAUACCUUAUUAAGUAUCAUUAUUAAAAUACUGCCACGGGGCUUGCAAGAUGGCUUAGCCAAUAGACACUGUGGACAAGCCUAGUAACCUGAAUUUAAUCCCAGGUGGCAGAAGAGAACUGACUCUGGGAGAAUUACCCUCUGACCUCCACACUCUUUGUGGGUUUCCACUCAGGCCCACUCCCCAAAUAUUAAAACAAACAAGCAAACAAACAACAACAAAAACCUAUGGUAUUAUUACAAUGGUGCUAUAAAAUUUACCCUCAAACAGUUCAACAUCCUAAGGUCAAUUACCCAAUACACAUUUAAGAGCUGUGGGGAACAAACAAGUACGUGCGUCUCUAGUCCACACCAUUCUGAUAGUAAACUGGCAUAAUCUUCAUUUUAGAUAGGGAGUGACAAGUAUCAAAUGUAAAUUCCGUUUCUUUCUAAAAUUAUCAGGACCUGAACAUGUUUAAAAAUGCAACAUGUUGAAAAUCUCCAACGUUCGGUGAUAAGAACAUUCAUCAGAUUGUGGUAGUGCGCCUGUCCUUGCCCUUCCUGGAACCCACACACGGGCCCUCUUCCAUCAAUUAUACAUAGUCCUCCAAAGGUGACCUCCGCAGAAAACUCUUACCGGAUCUAGCCAGGAAACUUGCCCUCGAUCUCCCUGAACGCAAUUGCUCCCCAGUUAUUAUUAAAGUGUUCGACGUUGCAGAGCCGAAAUAAUUUCUUUAAUUGUGAUUCUCUCUUCACCGCCUGAGCUCCCCCGACCGAAAGGCGUCCCUCUCUGGAAGGGGAGCAAGAACAGGAAGCAAGAAGCUCUCCCGGUUCGCUCGCCACUUGGGCCAUCGUGAACAGCACGCGAUCCUUGGAGUCAGAUCCUGUAGUGUCUCUGUGGCCCUGCUUUCCGCUCUAGUCCUCCCGCUCUCGAGGGGGUGAUUCCUCCCGUGAAGCCCUUAGUCGGAGGGUUUCCACAUACUAGAGACAAACCGGUCCCGACGGACCCGGGGAACAACCUGCGCGCGCGCUCUCCAACUCGCGCGUCUCCAGACAAGGACCCGCAACCCCGAAAUUGAGCUCCCUGGCAAGGCACUGACCCACUGUCAAACAGGAAUGAAACUCCGAGCUUCGGCCGCCUCUGGAGGCGCCUCAACCUCACAAGGAAGAAGCACGGCGUCUCUAGAGUAGGUGCUGUCGCAC